AGUUCUGUGUUAGAAAUCGAACCGCCCCUAGCAUCGCUACCCUGAUCUUAACCCGCCCUGCUUAAAACCGGACGUGAUAGUAAAGUGAGACGUCGCCGAGCAAGCUGGCAAUGGAGUCAAAACCAGAGAUAUUUUGCCGUGUUUGUGGAGAUAAGGCUUCAGGCAAACACUACGGCGUUCCUUCCUGUGAUGGCUGCAGAGGGUUCUUCAAACGAAGCAUACGACGAAAUUUAGACUACGUUUGCAAAGAAAACGGCCAAUGUGUGGUGGACGUCAAUCGAAGAAAUCAAUGCCAAGCGUGUCGCUUCGCAAAAUGUCUCCGCGUGAAUAUGAAGAAAGAUGCUGUCCAACAUGAAAGAGCUCCGAGGCCCAUAAGCGAUCAACAGCAACUGGCACUGCAAAAACUCGGCUACAGUUUCUCGCAACUACCAUUCCCGAAUUCCCCUCUCGUUUCACCUUACACCCAUUUUCCUUACAUGCUACCCGAACAGCGAAUGCAAUUAGUAGGUUCAUUCCAAGAUUUCUCGAAACUUGACGGACUCUCGGAUAUGCCUCUAACUUCACAUGUCACGCCUCCAUUGACACCUGUACAUCCUUUUAAGUUACCGUUAUUCCCAGGGUCCUUCCACUACUCCAUUCCACAUCCCGAAUACUUAUCGAACAAUAUUUUCUAUCCUCCUGCUAUGACGGAAAGUCUACACACUUUGGAAUCAAUGCAGAAAGCAGCGCUGGGGACAUUUUACCACAGACCCGAUAAAACUGAUUUGAAUACAGAAAAAAUCAAAGAAGAUGAAGUGUCAAGUUCAGAGGAAGCAAGAAUGAAUGAAGAAAAUCCUAUUUCGGAAGGAAAUCAACUAAGCAGCGCACUAAAUUUCGAACGACAAGACAAAGGACAAUACGAUCAAAAUUUGGACACAGAGAAAAAAUUAACCACAUACGAGAAAACCGUAAGACAAGCAGAGAGUACAGUAAAAAGUUUCACUCCUUACGGACCUAUUUGUUCGUUCGAUAUAAACACGGAAGAUAUGUACGCACCGGCAGCAGAGCUCUUAGUUGCUACUGUCAAAUGGCUCCAUAGUAUAUCUCCGUUCAGACAAAUGUCCUUCAAGGAGCAGACAUGUCUUCUACUGAGUAAUUGGAAAGAGCUUUUUAUAUUAACAGCCGCUCAGAAUUCCUUCUCUUUUGAUGAAGAUCACAUAUCACCAACAAUGCUUGCAAAAAGGUCAAACAUUAAAGACGAAAUCAAGAAGAUAACAUUUUUGUUAAAGAAAAUAAUGCGAAGCCGUCCUGACAAGCUGGAUUACGAUUGUCUAAAAUCGGCACUUCUUUUUCGAGCAGAUUGCUUUAUACCUAAUGCCGAAUCUCUUCAGGAUCAAGCUCUGACCCAUCUUCAGAAGCACUGUUCAAGCAAAGACAGUUUUCGUCUUGGAAAACUAAUGAUAUUGCUACCCAAUAUAUGUUUACUUGCGAACGAGAACUUCUUAGAUUAUCUUCUUUUUUCUUCUACCUCAAGCCGAGAUAUUAAGACAGUGCUUAUUCGCAUUUUGACAUAUACAGCAAUAUGAAUCAAUUUUGUUUUGAUAUGUUGUGUAGAAUUUGUUAAGAUCACCACUAGGUAUAUGCUGGAGACGGCAAAAAUCAAAAUUAUUUUAAACGUGUAGGUACUUUUAAUAUCAUUAGUUGGUUAAUUAGCCAAUUUCUUAAAUUUUUAAUGAUAAUCAAUACAGAUUAUAGUACGAUAUCCGGCUGCAGGAUUAGUGCGCUCAUCGGUUAUUUGCUAAAAACCAAAUUUUUAUGUAUAUUUAUAAUUAGGAGAAUGUAUAUAUAUAUUGUUAUUUAAAUAAAAUAUAUUUAAAAUCUUUAUGUAAAUUGCCGUGAUGUAGACGAUAUUUUAUUUAAAUAACAAGUGAACGAAAUUUUUUCCCAAAAAUUUAUUCAAAAUAAUUUCAUUAAAAAUACUAGCGACCUUGAUUAGCCUACGAACUUUUCAGGGCACUAUUAUACUUCGAUGAAAAUCUCAAAAUCAGUCUUAGGGUAAAACAGGCAAAAACAUUAUUUACGAACAUGUUAUGUAACGAUUCGAUUAAUCUGUGAACAUUUUUUGACGUAUGUGACGUAUAAAAUGAACAUUUUUAUGGAUUUUUUUGAUAAAUUUAUGAUUAUUUACAAGUAAUUAACCAUAACAAUUUUUAAAUAACACUUUAUUUUCCAUACUGUCAAAUAGCCUGUAAUAUACCUCUAAUAUCAACGAAUUCGUAGGUUUCAUUAAUAGGCCGGGAGAUAGUGACACAAAAUAGUGGGUCAUUUGUACCAGUAUGGCGGUUCUUCAGGAGUCUUACGCAAUGAAAAAAAGAAAAAUGAGGGUCAUAGCGCUGUUACCGGCGGCCCAAUCGCGUGGGCGUUAUUAUAUAUAAUGAUCCACUAUUUUGUGUCACUAUCUCACGGCCUAUAAAGAAUGUUAGCUUAAUAACAUAACGCAUCAUGUUAAGGCAAAAUAAAUAUAGGUACGCGCAAAGUAAUUUUUAAAUUUCCCAUAUAUUAAAGGGUCUUGAUGUUAUAUAUUGACCAAUGAGAAUGAAUGGUAUACGUUUCCUUAUGCAAAAAUAUAUUAGGGUUUAUAAUAAUACAGUACUACACGAACAAUAUCUCUUUCUUCUGUCAGUAGCUCACGUCUUCUCGUCGUGGUCAGCAAGGAAACAUCUGGAGGGAACUAUCUGUUUCUCGUCCCGCGCCUCUCUUGUUACAGUGUACAGUUUUGAGGACGACGUUCCACUUAAUCGGUCCAUCUGUUUGUAGAUCUUUUGCCUUCUGUGUUACGCAUAACGAUGUCUUUUGAACACUGUUGAAUGUCAAAUAUAAAUACUUC